UACCUCCGAAAGGGGUGUGGCCCACAGGAAGUCCUCGCGUUAAGGAAAAGGAGGCGUUUCCGUCUCCGGUGUCAUGGCGGCCUCCUUGUCUGAAGGCGUGCCGGAGACUGAGGACAGGAAAAGACCGCAGUUCGGGAACCGGUUCUUGAGCGACCCGGCGCGCGUCUUCCACCACAAUGCCUGGGACAACGUGAAGUGGUCAGAGGAGCAGGCCGCGGCGGCGGAGAGGAAAGUGCAGGAGAACAGUUCCCAGCUGGUGUGCCCGGAGAAGCAAGCUGAUUAUGAAGUCAAUGCCCAUAAAUACUGGGAUGACUUCUACAAAGUUCACGAAAAUGGGUUUUUCAAGGACAGACACUGGCUUUUUACUGAGUUCCCUGAACUGGCACCUAGCCACGAUCACCUAGUGAAUUUGCACUUGGAGAAACAGAAGAAUGAAGUCUCCAAACCUAGAAGCAGUGAGGAUGGACCUGGCUUGGCAGCAGAACAACACAAGCGUCCUUGUACCAGCCAUGGAUGUGAAACUCGGGUGCCUCCCGUGGAAGAGCCGGUGACUCAGAAGCUCACCCACCUGGAAAUUUGUGCUGACGACUUUCCUGGCUCCUCUGCUACCUACCGAAUACUUGAGGUUGGCUGUGGUGUAGGAAACACAGUCUUUCCGAUUUUACAAACUAACAAUAACCCAGACCUCUUCGUUUACUGUUGUGACUUUUCUGCCACAGCUAUUGAACUGGUCAAGACAAAUUCAGAAUAUGAUCCUUCCCGCUGUUUUGCCUUUGUUCAUGAUCUCUGUGAUGAAGAUCAGAGUUACCCAAUGCCCAAGGACAGUCUUGAUGUCAUCGUUCUUAUAUUUGUUCUUUCCGCAAUUGUUCCAGACAAGAUGCAGAAAGCUAUCAGCAAGCUAAGCAGACUCCUGAAGCCUGGAGGGGUGAUGCUUCUUCGAGACUAUGGCCGCUAUGACAUGGCUCAGCUUCGGUUUAAAAAAGGUCAGUGUCUGUCUGGAAAUUUCUAUGUGAGAGGUGAUGGCACCAGAGUUUACUUCUUCACACAAGAUGAGCUGGAUACACUCUUCACUGCUGCGGGUCUGGAAAAGGUGCAGAACGUGGUGGAUCGACGCUUGCAGGUGAAUCGAGGGAAACAGCUGACCAUGUACCGCGUCUGGAUUCAGUGCAAAUACAGCAAGCCGCUAGUGCCCAGUGCCAGCCAACAUGUGCCCACUCCCCACACGACAUAAGUUCUUCGUAUUUGGGGCUUUUGUAAGAAGACAUCUGUAAAUGGUGACUUGGUGGUAGUGGACAUUUUAUUGACAUUAACAAGUAUGGCUUCUGGCCAGCCGCAGUGGCCCAGCACUCAGGAGGUGGAGCCUGGCAGAUCUCUGAGUUAGAGCAGCCAGUGCUGCACAGAGAAACCCUGUCUCCAAAAACAAACAAACAAAAGUAUGGCUUUUAUUUGUGAAGCCCAUUAGUGCAUAUUUCCUCGAGUUUGUUUUAUUAUUAAUAUUAUUGUCUAGUGGGGCAAUGCUAUGAUGAAGUGUGGAGUUCAAAGGACAACUUGCAGGGGUCGGUUCUCUCCUACCUGUUGGUCCUGGAAUUCACUCAGGCUUGGCAGCAAAUACCUUGAGCUUUUUGACAGCCCUCAAACUUUCAAUGACUAUUGUUUUAUAUAUAGGAAAAUUGAUUCUGUGACCAAAAAAUGACCUUGAAGUUUAGAUCCUCCUGCCAGAUAGUGGUGGUCCACACCUUUAAUCCUGGCACUCUGGAGCCAAAGACAGGUUGAUUUCUGAGUUCAGGUCCAGAGUGAGUUCCAGGACAGCCAGAGAGAGCUACACAGA